CGCUCUCCCUCUCGGUCCAUUCCAUCAGAAAGUCUCUCUGUGCAUCUAAGGGAGAAAAUGGAGAAGCAGGAUGGCUCAUCGUUCUCGAGCCUUCAAGCCUACGGUCGAGCCCUGGUUGAGACACCAAAGCGAGUGGCUCGGAGGGCGACCUCGGUGUCGACAACCUUUGAGGAGAUGAGCCGGAUUCGGACCCGGUCUGGUUCAGACAUGCAGAAAAGCUUGAGAUGGUUCGACCUCGUCGGCUUGGGCAUCGGAGGUAUGGUUGGUGCCGGCGUCUUUGUCUCCACCGGUAAAGCUUAUCGCGAAGAUGCUGGCCCGGCCGUUGUCUUAUCCUUCGCCAUUGCCGGUCUCUGCGCGCUCCUCUCUGCUUUUUGUUACACAGAGUUUGCCGUCGACAUGCCCGUUGCCGGUGGAGCUUUCAGUUACCUGAGAGUAACUUUUGGUGAAUUUGCGGCAUUCUUGACGGGUGCCAAUCUCGUCAUGGAGUACGUCUUUUCUAACGCCGCUGUCGCCAGGAGUUUUACUGCCUAUUUGGGUACUGCGAUUGGGAUACCAACAAAGGAGAAAUGGAGGAUAGUGCUUUCUGGACUGCCAGAAGGGUUUAAUGAGAUUGAUUUCCUAGCGGUUGCAGUCGUUUUGCUGAUUUCUCUCUGUAUCUGUUACAAUACGAAGGAGAGCUCGGUAUUGAACAUGGUGCUUACAGUGAUUCACUUACUGUUCAUUGCAUUCAUCAUAGUGAUUGGGUUCUGGAAAGGUGAUUGGAAGAAUUAUACCCAACCAUCGGAUCCAAAGAACGCGGGUGGGUUUUUCCCGUAUGGAAUUGCGGGGGUGUUCAAUGGAGCAGCGAUGGUAUAUCUGAGCUACAUCGGAUAUGAUGCUGUGUCAACCAUGGCGGAAGAGGUCAAGUAUCCUACAAAAGACAUCCCGAUUGGUGUUUCGGGUUCAGUCGUACUUGUCACGAUCCUCUACUGUCUCAUGGCUGCUUCCAUGGCGAAGCUUGUCCCUUACGAUGCGAUAAAUACCGAGGCACCGUUCUCGGCGGCGUUCGGAGGAGCAAAGGGAUGGGGAUGGGCAUCAAACGUGAUCGGUGCCGGAGCCAGUUUUGGUAUUUUGACGUCGCUAUUGGUAGCGAUGUUGGGUCAAGCUCGCUAUCUAUGCGUCAUCGGACGCUCAAACGUGGUCCCUUCUUGGUUCGCCAAGGUCCACCCUAAGACCUCCACUCCUGUCAACGCUUCUGCUUUCCUCGGAAUCUUGACGGCGGCGAUAGCAAUGUUCACCGACCUAAACGUAUUGUUGGACCUGGUAAGCAUCGGUACUCUGUUCGUGUUCUAUAUGGUAGCGAACGCCGUUAUCUACCGGCGUUACGUCUCUUUGGGGAGCACAAAUCCACGGCCCACCCUGUCCUUCCUCUUUCUCUUCUCUCUUGUUUCCCUCCUUUUCACUCUGGUUUGGCGAUUGGCACCGCCAGGACCGCCUAAGGGGUACCUGCUUGGAGCCUGCACGGUGGUGGGCGUGGCUGUGGUUCAGGUGUUCCAUUUCAUGGUGCCUCAAGCUCGGAAGCCUGAGUUUUGGGGUGUGCCUCUGAUGCCUUGGAUACCCUUUAUAUGCAUCUUCCUCAACAUUUUCCUGUUGGGUUCGCUUGAUAGAGCCUCUUACAUUCGUUUCGGCUUGUUUUCUGCUAUCGUCAUCACCGUUUACCUUCUCUACAGUGUCCAUUCCACAUACGAUGCCCAAGAAGAUGCUCUUUCGGAAUCGGGCCAAUCUUUGAAACAACAUGAAACCGAACCAAUUGGGGAAGCCAACCUUAAGGUGUAACUUUAUAUCUCUUUCCUCAUUUCUGUUUUUGACCUUUGCCUUUGGAAAGGAGAAGGGCAGAAAGGGCCCUGCGGCCUGAAGCUAUAGGUUUUGCACAUAUGUGAGAUACAAGGGUGUUAUUGGAAUUCCUCAAUAUGUUUUAUAUUUUAGUGUUA